AUGCCCUCGAUCCCUCUCCAUCCUCGCGCGUCUUCCGCGGCCGAUUCCCCUUCCUCCCCCACCAACCCCCUCCCCCAGCUGCUUCAGACGCCCUCUGGACUCGCAAUCCUUGAACUACAGGGCACAAUAAACGUGCCGUCUCAAGACGGUCAAGAAGAUGUGUCUGAUCCGGCUGGAACAGACAGCGAUCCCAGCGACCCGAAUAUCCCCGCGUUCGAAACCCCGGUCGGAAAGCUCAUGUUCCCGGAUUACUCGCCCCAAACUACGAGCCCGGAUGACACUAUGUGGAUGAAACGCGUCUAUCUAUACGUUGGCAGAUAUCAGCGGAUGACAGGGGAAGUGAAGAAAUUGCCUCAACCGCUUGCUGUGGUUCAGAAGCGACCGAAUACGGACAGCGACGAGUUGGAGAUCGUUGAGAUUGUGAAGUUUAAACUGCUUUUCAAGAACCGACCUGAGCCUGUCAAUGACAAUUGA